GCAAAAUUGUGAUUGUGAUGAUGAGUCACAAUGAAAGCGAUAAGCUGUGAUAGUGCUCAUAAAGUUGCACUAUAUUUAGUAUACGUUUCAAUUCGUUCAUAGUUCAUGUGUUUGUCAGUAGAUUGCCACAUUCAGAGGAAACAACCUACACUUCAUCCCUGAGAUGCUAAGUCCUUGAGUGAGAUAUGAGAAAUGGAAAGCCCUGUACCACGUUUACGAUCGAAUUCAAAAGAAACCAAGAAACCCAUUCCAACUCCUAGAAGAAAUAUUAACCCUAAUUUGAAGAAGAUAUCUGAGGACGCACCUACUCAGAUAGAAGAAAAUACCAAUACUUUAACCAAACGAGUGAGUUCUGCUUCAAAGCAACUGGCAGAAGAUAUUAGUCAACUUGUUCAUGGCAGAAAAAAGGCAGUUAUUGAAGGAACUCGACAGAGUGUGCGAAGAAUAACGAGACGUUUUAGUUCAGCUUCGCAGGAACAGAAUAAUCCGGACGAGACAGAUACCAAAAAUGAAGAAGACACCAUUAAUAUAUUCAAUUCUAUCACAUUCAAUUCUCCUUUUGCUCGAACCGAGAACAUAUACAAUAAUGUGGAUGAUAGUUCUUCGGAGUCUUCUGAGGACUCCAUCGAGUUGCCUCCGCCGUCUCACCCUCCUCCACCUCUUCCGGACGAAUCGAUCUAUGAUGCUCCCCUAUCAUUAGCAUCCAGCAGCACUUCUGGUCACUCUGCAAAGACAACAUCGAGACCGGAUGUUUACGAGAGUAUUUUCCCAUUAUUUCCUAACAAGAGCGAUUCUACAUCUGGCAGUAAUUCUACCGAGCAGACGGAAUGUUUGUCUCGGUCAGGUUCUUGGAAAUUCUAUGAUCCAGUUCCCAGUAAAGAGAACCAGAAUGCAAAUAUUUACAAUAAUAUUGAGGAGGAGAUAGCGCAAACGGAUGGUAAUGACUCUGAUAUUAAGACCAAUGUUGAUCUCAAUUCCAAUGUUAGUGUUAUUAGUUCAAUGGUUAGACAGAACAGUUUGUAUGAAAAUCAUGAAGUUAUCCCACAAAGACCCCCGCGAAGACCUCCGAGGCCUUCCGAGAGUGUCAUACUACAGUUCGACCCAUUAAACAAAGAAGAAACAAGUGCUCCUUAUACAUUCAAUAGCGACCUGAAGUUACUGGAAGAACUUCUCCAGGGCGACCUUUACGGAAACAUCUCCAAUGCCCACACCUUCGACGAGUGGAGUAUUUCCAAUGAAUCUGAGAGUGAAGAUGUUCUCAGUCCACCCACGCCACCCAUGAGAUCCGACUCCCUUCCGGAGGAAGACCCCGAACCGGAAAAAUCCACGCCGAAGUCCAGAUCCAACUGGUUUACAGAAGAUACAGUAGUGAAGGAAGCUCCUGUCGAAAACAAAAAAUUGAGUUGGUUCAAGCAUGUCAAGGAGGCCAUAGAGAAAGCUCCAGAUGUCGUUAGGGGUGUAAAAAAUAAGGAUAACAUCCUCGAAAGGCCGGCGAUCGGUCUGAAUAAGUGCGUUCAGAAAAAAGGUAUGUUGUAUAAAGUACAGAACGGACCAGUGGAAGACUUGUUCGGCGAAUAUAGUGGUAGAUGGUGCGUUUUGGAGAACUCGAGUCUGAUGUGCUACUCCGAUAAUUCUUGCCAAAAUUUGAAGGAAAACUUUCCGUCUCAGAAUAUUCUGAGCAUUCAGAUUCUUCAAGAUAAAAAGUACAAUUACAGGUAUGACAAUGAUGACCUUUAUUGUUUUGAGUUGAACACAACAGGGAAAAGCCGCGGUGGCCAUGUCUAUGGCACUAGGAAUAUUUCUGAGAGAAGAGUAUGGGCCCAGCUGAUUGCCGAAUCUUUGACCAACCGGUUUUCCAGCAAAGUGACCACAAACUUUUCACGAAUGGGAUGGGCGUAUGUCCGAGAAGGUGUCAGUGGAAAAUGGGUGGGAGCUUGGAUCAUUCUGACUCAUAGAGAAUUUCGAUAUGCAAUAGACGGGCAGUCAGUCAAAAAGAAAGAUUUAAGGAAAGCAAGAUGUAUUCUUCUCCAGCCUUAUGUAGAAAACGACAAUAAUCCUAGAACGAAUGACAGGGGGCCUAAUAUGCUGAUUGACUGUCCAGAUCUAGUAUUAUAUUUGCGAAUGUGGACAUCUAGAGAGACGAAGGUCUGGUGUCACAUAGUUAAGUUAGAAGCUCAUAAUAAUGGUGCCAAUUUAGAUCAGCAACAGCUCACCAAAAAUGACGUUCCCGUUAUUGUGGAAAAAUGUAUCAAUUUUGUUUACACACAUGGAAGUAUGACUGAGGGCAUUUACAGGCGUUCUGGUUCUGGGUCAUCUGUGUCCGAACUGCUGUCAAAAUUUGCGAAAGAUGCAUUUGCAGUGCAAUUAACGAGUGAUCAGUUCACCGAACAUGAUGUCGCAAUGGCUAUAAAACGGUUCUUCAGAGAUUUACCAGAACCUCUUUUGGGUAGUAACCAACGUCAGUAUCUUUAUGAAGUUUCAAAGCACAAUGAUAAAGAUGAAAGGAUCAGGAUGUACAGGGCAGCUCUAGAACAACUACCCCAAGUAUCAUAUAACACAGCUAGAAAAUUGCUGGGACAUUUGCAUUUUAUUAGUUCCCAAAGCUCAAAAAAUUUGAUGACUAUUGAUAAUUUGUGUUCUAUAUGGGGACCAACUUUAAUGCAUUUUGAGGAUAGAGACGGGAUGUCAAAUUCAAGCCGAAACCAUCAACGGGAUACUGAAGUUGUGGGACACCUGAUAAAAUUUUAUCGAUACAUUUUCCCUGAAGAUCCGGGCGAACUGGAAAGAGAGAAGCAUAUGUUGAGAGUUCUGGAAAAAUAUUCCCAGUCCCCUCAAGGACAACCUACUAAAAAAAGUGCCGGAGACUUGAGAAUCUGGAUUUACCUUCAUAACAAAGAGGGAAAGUCUUUCAAUGUAUCCGUUGGUCCAAAUAAAACCGCUUACGAAGUUUGUAUGGAAUUGAAUCAACACAUUAAUCUGCCGAUACACGAGCUGGUGCUUGAAGAAAUAGUUUUGAACGACAAAUUGAUAAGGCCUAUACACCAUGAAGAGAAGGUUUUGGACGUUGUCUUGAAAUGGGGUUACUGGGACGAGCAAGACAGGAAAAAUAACUACCUAACUUUGGCAGCGCUGUCCAAAUAUUGGGAGUUCAUCUUGGAAAAACCGAUCCCGAUUUCUGGAGAAAUGAGGUUCGCUGACAGUAAAUCGAGACUGUUCAAGUUAUUGACAUUCCAAUUCACUCAAGGAAAAUUAACUUGCUUCAAAGACAAGACUGGAGAAAUAACUUUGCAUUCGUGGAAUAUUGAAGAUAUCAUUUGGUACUUUGGGCACGAAUCGAAAAGGAAUCCGCAAUCCAGAUGGACAAUAACCUUCAUAGAAACCAAAAGCCAUCCCACCAGAAACAAAAGUUGCCCUUACUUUGGUUACGUCAUCGUAUGGUCCGAUGCUACUCAGAGGGCAAACUGGCUCAGUGCAAUGUUGAAAUCGAGGUAUCCGAAUAACUUGGCACCUCCGCCAAAUCUGUUGCCAUUUUGAAAAUUUAUCUUCACAUAUAUUGUUAGUGCCUUUGUGUAUUUGAUAGUGAGAGAUAUUUUUAGAAUUAUUGGAGAGUUUUAAAAAUUUUUUGAAAUGAAUUUCAGAGUUGACACCUUGUUUGCCUGCUCUGAAUGUAAAGGUGACAUUUUAAUUCGAAAAAGAUAGCUGAAGGGUCACAUUUUUUUCAAAAGAACGUACAAAAUGUGUCUGUAAUUUACAGUUAUUAUAUUAAUUGAAAAAUUGUAUUUUUAUACUCAGUAUUUUUGAGGGACACUUGUUCCAUGAGCUUCCAUAUAUACCAUGAUAGGAAAUAGUGAGAUAAUUGCAUUUUUGCAUUUGAUUAUUUUGUUGUGAAUUUUUAUUUAUACAGAUGCUCAUUUCGGGGCAAAUAAUUCACCAUAAUGGUAUUUUAUAUUUUGUAAUUGAUUAUUAAUAAACUGAAAUAUACAAAGAUGAAUAACACAUGAA